AUGCAAAGACCAGUCUGGCAAGACCAGAGGGCUCAUUCACAUUAUGCCCUCAUCUACAUUGACCAAGAGGGUACAGUUCGUCAUGAGUGGUCCCAUUCUAUUUCCGACCAUUACAAGAGUAUCCUUUCUCCAAAAGUGACGUUUGAGUUUUUGAAAGCGGUGGCAGAAUCAACUGGAGGUGGCCACUGCCCAUCAUACGUACCAUCCUUUGGCACAAAAAAGACAUCUCGAGGGUCGCCUACGGACCAGCGAUGUCUUUCAUCGCACAUUAACCAGAUCACUCACGGCCUAGGCUGUCAUGAGGCUGAGGAGAGCGUAAGGUUUCCUAUGGCCUUAAGGUCUUCGCGCCAACCCGCAUCAUGGCCAGCACAGCUAUUUUCUGGGCCGUCAAGGACAAGGAGGAGCUUACAACAACGUAGGCGUCCGGCGGAAAACGAGCUCAGCCUAAGCUUGCAAACCAUUAUCUCGCUUAGUGACACACACUUUCUUCGCUGUUACUACACGAAGGUCUUCGAGAAUUUACAACAAACGAAUUGCCGACUCAUUGCAAAAGCCUACGUGAAACUUGUCGAGCCACGGAAGCAGGUCUUCUAUCCCUACAAUGGACGGAAGACCGUGGCAGGCAAAACCCACGAGUUGACUCCCGAUGAGACCAAGCCGCCAUGGUGGCCGUCUGGAGUGCGCCACCGAGAGCCCGACCAUCUCCCCAAAGCUGAGCGUAUCAGGCUUCUCGUCCACAUCCUUUGUGAAUUGUACACCAGUCACGGAGUCACAGCGCAGAAACUCAAAGCUGCAGAGCAACCUGUACGGCGACAGAUAUUCCCGACUGGACGAGUACAUCUUCUCGACGAGUUAUAUUAUGUCAGGGAAAUGGAAGAGAACUUUCUCGCAGCGAGAAAUGAAGGAGAGCCAAGGGUUUGCAUCUCGCCAACGAAUUUUCCAGACUUCGAAGUUGCGACUAGUCGAGACCAAGCGAACAGAAGAAGCUCCUUAGUGAUUGAAGAGCCGGAACCUGAAAGCACGUACAUUCCCAUGUGGCCUAUUCAAGGAAGCAAUACCUUAGCCCUAUCUCCGGAUGCGUAUGCUAUCGUGGACAGUCCAGCACAGUGUCCCAAGCAAGACGUCGUGAUUAAUACUUGCUUUGAUACUGCAUCCUCGUCUAUGCCGCCUUCAGGCAUUAAACGAAAGCGUACGUAUCUGGAGACAGGCGGCCCUCCCACGAUCAGUCCUAUGCCCAUCGUCUGCUAUUCCCCUACAUAUUAUGGCUUUUCCUUCCUCUCGCCCCAAUCUUUCGUGGAACCAUCA